AUGACAAAAGAAAAAAAAUUUUAUGAAUUUUGUAGUGACCCUUCUCCACUAAGAGCUGAGUUAGUUGUAAAAGGAGCACCUGUUUCACCGAUAUAUAAAACAAAUGGACAUUACUAUGAGUUGGUUGCACCAGGUACAUUUCCAAACAGUUUGAUUGCAGCUCGUGUUUGGGCGAAUGGCUUGACACCACCAGUUGCCGGCUAUGUUUCAUACAUUGCCACUGUCACCACCACCGAAGAGUGGCAGUUCAUCAUCCAGAAUCUCGAUAUGUCCAAAAAGUUUUGGGUCGGUAUCCAGCGAGUGUCGGCAAUCGUCGACCAAUUUCAGUUUUUCACUGGUCCCGAACAAGGCCAGACACUGUACUAUUCGCUGAGCGGCCAGUGCACGAUGUAUUGUAAUUUCAUUGUUGGCCGUCCUGACUCCAAUUCGCUGGCGAACGCAGUCUACUACGAUCCCACUGGCAACGGUCUAACCAACGACCAACUUCUCGCCACGAGUGCCACCUAUUUCCUCAUUGAAUACGCACCAGCCAACGAACCGUUUAUCCCGCCUGCGCCAACAUCCGGCGGUGUAGUAACCAUUAGUGGACUGACCGCAUUCGACAUGUCAGCUAUUUCGCUCUCAAUGAAACCACUCUCAGGAGGUGGAGCAGCUAUUCCAAUCACCAUCAACUCAAAGUCAACCGAUUCAAUGGUAGUUGUCAUUCCUCCAGGUUCCGGUGCAUUCAACCUAACCAUUACCGAUCAAGUUAAAUCGUAUUCCAAUCAAAAUUAUAAAUAUCAAUCACCUUGGUUCCAAGCUGUUUAUCCAAAUGCGAUGAGUGCUUCAGCCUUGGUGACAGUGGUUGGAAAUAACUUUGGAGCAGUGGAAUCAACGAUUCAGUUACAGGUUGGAACAUCUUCCUAUACUUGUCAGAAUCUAAAGUUCCUUCAGCCACACACAGAUUUUGUUUGCCAAUUACCAACCAACUUUGUAGCACCACUAUUCCCUCUACAAAUCAGACAAAGUAAUGGAGGUGAAAGAUUAUCAACCUAUCAAGUUUCGAUAUAUGAUAAAAGUUCAAUGAGAAUGAUUGGAAUUGUACCAUCUUUUAAUACUUAUUUGAUGAGUGUAACUUUAUUUCAAGCGGCAUAUACAAUCGAUUCUUAUAAAGUGUAUAUGGGUAUACCUGGAUCUUUAGCUCAACUUAAUCUUUUGACUAGUGUCAUUUCAUUCAGUACAGUCUGUACAACCUAUCAUGUAUCGGCCAUCGGCAAUGGAAACAAUGUUCUAAUGAAGAAUAAUGGUGGUCCAUUUGACUCAACCAUCAUUGUCAAUAGCACCAAGUUUUGUGAUAGUACGAAAUCAGUUUAUUGUCCAGGUCCACCUGUUGGAAGUUUUGGAGCAACUGUACCAAUUACAUUGAAUCAAUUAUAUAAUUUCAAUUUCCUGUCACCAAUGAAAUAUGCUGGUACUACAUCGAGUACUGUUGGAAACUAUUGUAAUUUAGUAUAUUCCGGUAUUAAUCCAACGAUUGCUCCAGCCGAUUUAACUAUUCGUUUAUUUAAUACAUCGGGUGGUACUCUGAAUUUGGCUAUGCCAAGUGGAUCUGGAUUUAAAUAUACAACACGUACUUUGGUGAUUGGAGCGGUGACAAUUGACACAACGAUAACUGCCAGUCCGAAUGCACUUAGCAUUCUCAUUCCACCAGGUUUCGGAUCAUCUAAAGCUGCCGUUUUGUUGUUUGAGUCUAUCAUCUCGGUGACUGCACCAAGCAUUGGAUACUAUCCACCCUAUAUCACAGGUAUUUCAAAGCCACCAACUAGCGGUGGUCUUGUUGUGAUCGAUGGUCUAAAUCUUGGAAACAGAGUAGAUAUCAUUACUAUUGCAUUCGGUGCAACUCCAUGUUCAACCAUUACCAUCACCAACAAUCACACUCAAAUAACUUGCCAAGUGGCUGCGGGUGUCGGUGCCAACUACGCUUCCAACAUCUUUGUUGGCAGUCAAAUACAAACCAACUCUUUCUACUUCUCCUAUCAAUCACCUGUUAUCACUGGAAUCUCACAAUUUGGAAACACGCUAAUUGUGAACGGACAUAACUUUGGACAAAACUCUGGUCAAUCUGGAAUGCAAGUUCCACAGAAUCUAAAUACAGCCGCACUUGGAACAGCUCUCGAUGGUAGUGAACAAAUAAAUAUAACACUGCCAGUUGUCUUUAAGAACGGUCCAAUCGCUAUACAAGUUGGAGGUUCCGUUUCCAAUUCCUUUGAAUAUCUUUUCACCCCGUCAAUCAUCUCGAUUGAACCGGUUGUUCCUGUUACAGGUGGAUUGAUUACCAUCAAAGGAGCUUAUCUCAAUGACUUGAGAAGCAACUCUACUUCAACCAACCCACAAGUUCUUCUUGGAAAUAAGCCAUGCAAUGACCUAUCAUUCGGUGCCGACACACAGUUUACCUACAUCUAUUGUACAGCGCCAGCAGGAACCGGAUACAAUCUUCCAGUGCAGGUUGUUAUCGAUGGAAUCCAAUCGAAUACUCUCAAUACAUUCUCAUACUAUCCACCGGUCAUCUCUUCAUUCAUUCAAAAUCAUUUGGUUGCAACCAUUGCAGGUUCCAACUUCUCCACCGACUUCACAGCUGUCACCGUACAUUUCAACGGUAACUCAGUGCCAGCCACCGGUAUCAAUCCACUACGUAAUUCCAUUGUUGUUCCAAUCCCACUGGAUACACUGAAUGGAAAGAUUUCAGUUACUGUAAGUGGUCAAACAAGUCCGGAUUUCGAUUUCACACUCAGUCCAACCAUAGUAUCAGUUUCCGCCUUGCCAACCAACGGAACCAAUAUCUUGAUCAAUGGUUACUUUUUCAAUUCUGUAAAUAUUAAUGGUGAUCCACUGGCUCUUUCCAUUACCAUUGAUAAAAUAGCUUGCGAGAAUCCAGCGAUUCAACCUGGAAAUAAUACGGCAGUGACAUGUGAUGCUCAAUCGGGAAGUGGAGUUAAUCAUACACUAGAAGUAACGAUAGGUACUGACAGCGAUGACAUUUUCAUUUCCUAUUUGCCACCAACCAUAACAAGAAUCACAAUGAAUGGAACACAUGCACAGGUAUAUGGUGUUGAUUUUGCCAGUAGCCAAUCGUUGAUAACUGCCAACGUUCCAUGUCAGGGUGGAUAUCAAGUGGUUGAAACCACCGAUCUAUCUGGCAGUCCAGCCGAACAAAAUAUAUUGGUACUUCUACCAUCCAAUGCUUUAAAUGGUGAAAUUUCAUUGGUUGUUGACCAACAGUUAUCGAAUCUACAGCCAUACUCUCUAAUGCCAUGGAUUGAAUCAAGUAGUUUAGUUGCAACAGCCGGUGGAUCCAUUGUUUUAACUGGACAACAUUUCACUUCCGCAAGAUUCGAUGGCAACGCUACUGAAGUUGUUGUCGAUGUCGAAGGUCAAAGCUGUACGAAUGUCCAAAUAAAUUCAUUUACAGAGUUGACAUGCAUUGCACCAUCGGGUUCAGGAGUAUCAAGUCAAAUCACAGUCCAAAUCGAUUCAACUCUUUCCAACUAUUGGGACUAUGCUUAUAUUCCACCAACCAUUGAUAGUAUUACACAAAAUGGUUUGGUAGCACUCGUUAAUGGAACCAAUUUAGGUUUGGUUGCAAAUGUAGCUUGGUUCCAAAUCGGUGAUUUACAAUCGACAUCGACCAAUGCAUUCGAUAGCUAUAUAACCACAACUAUUCCGGCAUUUUCGCAAUCCGGCGAAUUCUAUUUGGAUAUCAAUGGUCAACGUUCCAAUAACCUGACAAUAACACUCACACCAGUACUCAAUUCAAUUUCAUCGGUUGCAACUACAGGUGGUCUCAUUACAAUUUCCGGUUACUAUCUCAAUGGAUUCAGACAAGAUGGUACAGCUACAUCGCUCAGUGUUACAUUCCCUGGUGCAAAAGAAUGUGAUUCUCCAUCAUUCCUCGCCAACGAUGUACACUAUAGCUAUAUAACAUGCAAUGCACCUUCUGGCGCUGGAAAGAAUAUUCCAGUAACUGUGACAAUCGAUGGAAAGCCAUCACAAAUAGACUUUAGCUAUGGUGCACCGUCCAUUCAGAAUAUAACAGUUUCAAACAGCAACUACAUUGUAGUAAAUGGAAUCAACUUUGGAUCCGAUCCAAAUCAAGUUAAUAUAACAUUGGGAACCGAUGUAAUAAGUGAAUUUACACUUGUUGAUAAUACGCGAAUUGAAUUCCAAGCAUUGAAUACCUCUCUCAAUGGAUUGGUUGUUGUCACUAUCGACGAACGUGUUUCCAAUGGAAUUCAAGCAUCACUGUAUCCACAGUUGAUCUCUGUAACCAAGUCCGAUACUCAAGGAUCAAUUGUUAAUAUCACUGGAAACUAUUUGAAUGGAUUGGCAGCAGAUGGACAACCAACCGUUGCUUCAAUCACCAUCGAUGGUGUACCAUGUCAAUCUAUUUCCUGGGCGAACGAUCAUAACAAUGUCUAUUGUACCGCGCCAGAGAAUUCAGGUGUCAAUCACAUAUUGGUAAUUACCAUUGAUAGUAGAUCCAGUAACUCUAUACUCCUAAAUUAUAAUCCACCAUCGAUCACCUCCAUCACUCAAGAUACAGAUACAAUUUCUGUUACCGGAACUAAUUUUGGAAAUACAACAACUGGAGUAACCUUUUCCACUGGUUUCAAUAUACUUUCGGUUUCACACCAGCUUGUUGUUGCAACGCUAAACCGUAACACCAAGAAUGGCAUGAUAUCAAUCACUGUCAACACUCAACAAUCUCAAACAUCACUCUUGAAACUCACACCAAUCAUUACAAACUGUACAUCGAUAUCACCUUACGGAGGAGAUAUUACAAUCAGCGGAAGAUAUCUCAAUGUCAUAGAUAUGAAUGGUGAUAAAACUAAUAUUUCCAUCAGUGUUGAAGAUGUACAUUGUUUGUUUGUUAGCUCACCAAUCGAAGGAGAAUCUAUUAUAUGUGCAAUCGGAAAGUCUUCAUUUAACGAUAUCAAUCUUAAUUUAACCAUUAACGGUAUGUCUGGUAUUGGAAGAUACUCUUCGUUGGGACCGGUCAUCCUAUCAACUACACAAUCAUACUAUCUCAUUGCAAGCAACAUAACAGUGAGUGGAACAGAUUUCUAUGAACCUGUAUAUGUUAGUGUUGGAGGCACAAAAUGUCCAGCACAAUUCAUUUCGCCAACUCUACUUUCAUGCUAUUUCGCAUCGGAUGUGCAGCAAGUGGACAACACUCCUCUAGCAAUUGAAGUAUUGGCAGCAUCCUUUUCCGUUCAAAAUUCAAUUUUCACAUACUUUGUAGAUAGUUGUCAAGAUAAUUGCAAUGGUCAUGGUCAAUGUGUAUCAGGAUUGUGUCAUUGUGAUGUAGGAUAUUCAGGUUCACUCUGUAAUGUUGCGACAUCAACAACUGUUAGACCAACUACAACAUUGGUAAACACAACAGACAAUGGAUUGAUAUUAACACUCCACUAUGAAUCGCCACAGUAUCAUGUCUCUCUUGCUGCAUUGAGAGAACAGACACCCUCAGGAACAACAGUGAAACUAGUUAAACUUCAAGAUCUAACAUGGACACCUGCAGUUUCAAACACAACAACUCAAUAUAUCGAGAAAUUGACAACUGGAACCGAUUCAUUGUCGAAUCUAACUGUUUCGCUGAGCUACAAACAAUGGGUGGAACAAACAAUGAUAACAUUUGUUGGUCAGAACCUUUGGAAUCCAGUUGAUAGUUCAUCACAUUGUUUGACUAUCGGCAACUGGACAUUCGCCAGUCCUCUAAACAACCUAGAGUUGAUCUAUCAAACCUAUUAUCCAACCGCUCAAGAUUAUCAAUGUCAAUCGACCACUCCUCAACCACUGCUCAAUAGCAACAAUAAUACACGUUCGUUGAAAUCAUUCCAAAUCGAUUCUCCCUAUGCCGUGUUGACUGGAUCAUUCUCUCAGCGUUUGGUAAUAGAUAAUGGAAUCUAUCAACUUCUCAAUAUUCAGACCGUUAGUGAAAUCAAUGGAUUGGUUACACCAGACAACUACACAAGUCUGUACCUCACCCUAAAUAUUCCAAUCUUUUCGAAUCAGGUUGUCAUUGAUCCCAACUUUAUUGUUUACAACAAACCAACUAUGCCACCACUUGAUUGCAGUCCAGAAGAAAUCGGACCAUCCAACAGAAAAUGGGUAAUACCUGUUGCAGUUGUCGUUUCUGUUGUUGGUGCAGCAAUCAUCGUAGCAGUUAUAGUAUAUAUCGUUAAAAAGAAAUCAUUAACAACCCGGGUACCAUCUGAACAUAAAAUGACAAUUCACAACACUGAAUAG